ACAUUACGGAUCAAUCGUGUUUUCUAUUUCGGGAUUCGUAUCACUUUCGGCUACGCGUCACUCAAGUGUGAAUUGGUUGACGUUCAAAAGGACAAUGAACCUGUGUUUUGCGAAGUUUCGAUGAAGCUGCACAGUGUCCAACUAUGUGCUGUGGCUCUGCUGUUACCGGGUAGCAAAAUUACGAUGGCGUGUGUCUACCGAUGUCACGGGGCUGAGGCCACAGAUGAUCGGGCUUUGAUUGGUGCACUCAAUCUGUUAGUUCAAGGAUCAGCAAAGCUGUACAUAGUCGGUGACUUUAACUCACCUAAUAUAGAUAGGAUGGCAGGUGACAAUCCUGCCGCUUUUGGUGAUGCCUUCUAUUGCCGAUGUUCUGGACAUUAG